CCGCCCGCGUCAAGUUCUUGGUAUGAUUUGCGUAGGAGGCGCCCGCGCUGUUGCUCAACCGUCAACACCAAGACCUUCAUCAAGAACUUCGGACGCACUGUGAACCCACGUUAAUUCGCGCAAAUGCCAUGGCUCUUGGUACUGUGCAUAGCCCCGAAGACGAGUACGUUGAGAUUUGACAAAGAUGCACCCUUCACCCCCAUCUCGAGAUCAGUCCCUCGAUUCUUCCAUUGCGGCAACCGGGCGGCCAAUCAAUACAGGGCGCUUGGCAGUGGGAACAUGGGACACCACAAUCCCCACAAGACCAUUGCGACUCCAAGUCUCACAAAACUCUCGACUACCCCGCCAAAGCCGGCCUCAGAUGCAGCCAUUGUUUCCGCUGACAUGCAGAUCAAACCCACGGGCCUUCCGCGCCCGUCAGGCCGCCACGGGAGACAAACAUCAAACGGUGAUCGAAGGUUACUAAGCGCCAGCAUUCACUCUGCACUGUUCUCGUCCAAUUAACCGCCGGCGCUUCCUGCACGAGGUCGCGAAACGGUCAUUUGGGGCUGUUCCCCAUUAUAGACUGCAGUUAU